UCCCUCUCUCCUGCCUGUCCAUGCAUCCCGCUAUGGCCUGAGAAGCAAGAUAAACCUAAAGAGAGAGUAAAGGAGGGGAUAAUAAUCACAUUUUCUUUCAUUUAUGUUAUAUCAUCGCGGGAAGCAACAGGUAAUGAGGAGAAUACCUGGCCCACCUGAGAGUGAACGAACAGUGAGGGAUACGUGGUCGGGAGGACGGUGUUGCGUCUCACCUCUGUGUUGCAAAGACAUGUUUCUACUGGGAGCAAUGUGACCUAUAGGCCUCUGGUGUUAAAUAUUCACAGAAAACAGUCUAAAGAGGCCAAGUGAUGCUUUCUGAAAGUGUCUAGUGCAGGGGUGAGAAACUGAUGUGUAAAGAGCGAGUUUCGAAAGCUUGUGGACUCUUCCCUACUCUUACUUCAGAUGCUGCUAAAGAAUUUUGUAUAACGAAAAGGAGGAAACAAAACAAAGGGUCGCUACGCAUCACUAUGUGAGACGGAGAUGCAUCGAUGUCAGCCUACCUGCUCACUCAUCUAGAGCACCAGGACAGCACUAGUCGCCACCAGCAUGAGGUUUGCUUCCAGAACAUGGCGUAUGGGUGUGCAUUCUCGACCGUUUGUGGCAAUACAAGCGGCACUGCCAUUACUACUACUGGCGCUUCCUGCCAUCAACGCACAGAGAGAUUGCUCCCUUCUGAACUGCGAUACUAUAUGUGAUGAAGAUCCUCGUUAUUACAGGCCACAGGAUUGUACGAGGUGUUGUCCGGAUCAAGGUAAAGAAGAGGAUAAAACGGAUGAAGCAAUGGAGGAGGGAAUUAAAAAGCUGCAGCAGAGGAUGGAGGAGAUGGAGCAGAUGAUGCGAGUGAUGAUGGGAGUGUCUCUAGGCCUGCUCCUGCUGCUGAUUGUGCUGGUGGUUGUGGUGCUUCUUCGUCAAACCUCCACCAAGGCCCUCAAGGCUGCUCUCCCUGUGUUCUUCAAGAAAAAGGACGAGGGUCGAGCCAGCAUUGAGAAGCGUCCCCUGCCACCUACCAAAGUGCCACCAGAAAAUAGAAAUUCCACAGUGCUUCGAAUAGCUGACUACCAGAAUAACCACAGUCCUCUCACUAAACGCACGCGACCUAAUGGCAUGGCACAGCACAGGCAUGGGUUCCCUAUGCCACCCGAAGAGCCACGUCCCCGCCAGCCUUCCGAAUCUACCUGCCCUGAUGAAAGCGAUCUCUCUCAACCGCACCAAGACAACAACCUGCCGCCAGGAGCUUAUGACAACUUAGCUUUAUCCCACACCUCCUCCACCUCCACUCUGGCUCCUGCAGUAUCUACCAAUACACUGGACACAACUCUACCUUCAAUGAAUCCCACAUCACUUGUAUGAACUAAGUAAGCUAAGCUAGUGUGCAGAGAACCUAAUGUCUCCACGCUCAGGAGCCAUUGGAUACAACUGCUAUGUGAGCCUUGUGUCACACUAAAUGUCCAGAUCUGUGUAGAAAAACUUCCGUCCAUUUCCUCACUCGCUCAGAAACCAUCAUUGUAAGCCUUGUGCAAUAUAAGGAGUCUGUUGUAGCAGUAUGAGAACAUGUAAUACUUUUUAAAGCACUGCCCCCUUAAUUCUUAUACAAAAGCAUUGAGAUUUCAAGGAAUCAUUAAGUGCACUAAACCCCAUACUUUAGUACAGAUAGAGGCUUAAACUUCAGGAACAGUGCUACAAAAGUACAAUUACAUUUUUUUUUGCACUACAACAAAACAGGCAUACGCAGGAAUUGAAACCGUCCAAGUUGUCAGAACACCAAGUGUCUGUGAACUUGAUAGCAACAAAAGGAUGUGCAGUUAAGUAAUAUUAUGAAGUGAGAAACAUGAUGCAUAAACUAAUUCACGUGAUGCUAAGGAAAUGUGCAAUCUGUGUGUGCAAGUGUGUCUCCAUGUGACUUCAAUGUGGCAAGAUUUGUAAAGCAGAAAGAAAGACAUUAAAAAGACAUUCCAAGGUGUUCUGGUAUACAUGAUAAAAUCCUACUACUGCAGUGCAAGGCCAAUGUUAUUGUUAUUAAGAUUAACAUUCCAGGUGAUGAUGUAAGCAGUAUUCUGCAAGGUACAUAGAUACUAAGUAACUGUGUGCAAUAAACUGUACACAAAAUGGAUAGGAUGAGGAUCCUGAACCCACAAUGAUCAAUGUUUCUACACUAAAAAAGUCACCUGAUAACCUUCUAAAGUUACUUAAAUUGUCAUGCAGAGUAAUGUCCGAAUCUCCUACUCUCUGUGAUAUUGCGUGUGAAAAGGUUAUUAAAUGUUGAUGGAUUUAGUUAGGAAAUGUCCUUCAUUACUGACUAGAUGGAUCUUCACAUCCCUUAAGUAUAUAGUAUUCCAUCAUUUAUAAAGAAGUGGCAUAUUAAGACAAUUCCAGAUUCUCUUCUUUUUAACUAACAACUAACCCCAUGUCUUCCUGAUCGCAUUUGUUGUGUUCGUCACUCACAAAAGUCUAUGCAAAUCAGUUUGUAUGUGAAAUAAUUAAAUUGCUCAUACAGCAUAUAGUAUGUGAAUUUCUAUGAUGAAUUGCAAUACUAAAGCA